AUGAAUCAAGAUCAUGAGUUAUGGCGGACGCUAAGAUGCGCCGGCAAACCGCAAGAUAAGACCUCCGUGGAUACUCUCAUGCUUAAGUACCGUCCGAUCGCUCCAAAGCCGACGACGGCUGGUCAACCAUUAGUCGGAGAUAACAGCUCCUCAAUCACGAGAAGGACCAAGAGAAAGUACGUUAGGGUUUCUAAGAACAAUAAAGCCACGUGCCGAUCCAAGAACGGAGUUAGAUCUGUCUCAACAGAUCCAGAGAAUGGCCGAGAACGAGAAGACAUCGUGACGUUACAGCUCAUGCCGGAGAGAUCCGAUCUGUCCUCAUACGAAUCAACGCCGUUGAGUUUGGAUCAUCAUAAUAAUCUCGAUCCAACGGUGGAAACAAGUAAAACCGACACGUGGUUAUUGGUUAACGGCGGCGAUGAGGCUGUGCAUCCGGUUCCGGUGGAGACGUGGGUGACGGUGGAGUCCGUUAACGGUGGCUCCGUUUCCCAUGCGGUAGGGUGUACGGACGAAGACCUCGCGGAUGCUUUAGAUAAGGACACGUGUCCAGCCUUUGUAUCAGAUGGCUUGAAUCGUGUGGUGAUGGUGAACGAGGCCUACCGUAGGAUAGUAACCGGAGACGGUGGAUUUGAAAGAGAGACGUCGUCGUUGUUGCCGCAGGUGAUUGUGUGGUUGGUGGUUGACCAAACGGCGGCGUUUUCUGACUACCGUACUUUCACGUGUAAGGUGAGACUUGAGUACACGUGGCGAGAGACGAAGUACGCUAAAACGGUGCCGUGUGAUGUGUGGAAGAUGGACUUUGGUGGAUAUGCAUGGAGGCUGGACACUACUGCAGCUCUAACUCUUUGGCUUUGA